CUUCUUAAGUUGUCGGUGGUUAUUGUGGACAGAUCUGCUGUUUAACUUGUCCGCUGUAAAGAAAGGGACAGAAAACAGGGGAACAAGGACACCCCUGAGAAGAAAAAGACCCCUGCAGAUGCACGAGGGAGCAGCAGACCUCUCCGGCCCACCUGGAUCUCAGGAGGGGGCCCAGAAAACAGAGGAUGUUGCAACCAAAAGUCCCCGAAAGAGAAAUAAGAAACAGACACCAAGCAAUCUGAGCAGAAAAGUUCAAGACAAGGAGAUGAGGAAGAAGAGAUAUCAAAACAGAAAGCGGAAUCCUACAAAUGUCAAAGAAGGAGCAGACUCAAAAGACAAAGACAAGAUGGAGGUUUUGGAAGCUACAGACACACAAUGUGUGGAUCCACACAUGGUUGAUGACCUGAAAACAGCAGACAACACUGAACAACAAGUUCUGGUCAUUUGUCAGAGCAACCAGGAGACUCAGACAGACAUUCGUAUGCCACAAAAAGAUGAGGAAAAGAGUCAGCCUGGCCUUAACAGUGCUCCUGAAACACACCUGGAUCAAGACCAGCACAAACCUGAACCCAAACUAGAAGACAGCAAGAAUGCCCAGACUUCCUCAAAGCAAAAUGAGAAUGCAGACGGUGAAAAAGCAUUGUCUGAUUUAGCUGGAGAACAGAAUCCAGAGCAUAAAGAGGAGAGCAUCCCUGCAGGAUCAUCAGAUUCAGCUAGAGAACAGAAUCCAGAGCCUAAAGAGGAUGGCCUCUCUGCAGGAUUAUCAGAUUCUCCCAAAGAUUCAACCACUGAAAAAUGUACAGCGCCAAAGUCUUAUGCUUCAGCUGUGACUGGAAAGAGUGGAGGUGACAAUCAGUCAAGUGUAGAAGGCUUUAAGGCAGCAGAUAAGACCACAAAAACCUCCCAAAACACACGUGAUCGAAAUCCAGUCAGACCUCCUCCUGAUGUCCCGAUGUUCACCUUUCACAUCUAUGCCAUUCUGGACAAAAAGUUCAGGUUCAAUCAGGAGCACGAUCAGCUUGUGCUGUGGACAGAGGGAGGAUAUUCUCUUCUGGAAAUGACACAUUUUGUUGGACUGAAACAGGAAGGUUAUCUGGUAGAGGCGAGUCUCUCUGUUGAAGACAGAGGCUUGAGAGGCAGCUGGUUGACGUAUUGGUACGGUGUGAAGCAGCGACACAAAGAGAUUUCAGGAACUGCUACCAGACGUGUUCAGAUUCCUUUCAGUGGAAAAGAGCUGCACCUUUAUGAAGGCUUCAUCAGCCGUCUGGAGGCUGGAUCCACAAUGCAGAAUUUGUUUCAGACUGGACUUCAGAUGGUUGGAUGGAUGAAACCGAAAGGUGUGGAGAUAUCAGACGUCUGGCAGACCUCAGCCAGAGAGCUGCUGGGCAGAAUCUUCCAGAACUGGACGCCAUCGGACAAACAGAGCACUGACAGCCUGUGUGACAAACUGAUUCACUUCAUGUGGAGUCUCAGUUCUGCACACCAAAGGAUGAAGUUUCCAGAUAAUUCACAGCCUCCGGUGAUCAAGACGUCAGAGCUGGUUUCAGAAACUCUGGUUCAGAUCCUAAAAGGAGAGUCAAACAUGAAAUUUCCCAGCAGCUUUAGGAGCAUUGGUCCUCUUGUUCUGGGCCUUUCUGUUUUCAUGGUGACCAGAAAGUGUAACAUCAACCUGGGGGUGAAAGGCUGGGCUGAGCUGUGUCUCCUGGUGUCCUCAGAGACUGCCAUGGACAAGAAAAGCCUGGACGAGCUGCUCAGCUCUUUCCAUAAUCCGCAAUACACUGUGUUGGGUCUGAUGAACCUCUGUGUCCAGCAGACGGUGUCCGAGCUCGUCCUCCUCGUUCCUCUGUUAUUCAGACUCAGACAGCGAGGAGGCGAUGCAGCAGAAGUGGGUCCAGCUGUCGAAGAGGAGAACUGGUCAGGACUACAAAAUGUCCUUUUCAGAAAGUUCAGGGAGAACGUCGAGUCCUAUCCUGACAAAAGAAAGAGGAUGCUGACUUUGAUCCAGACUCACUUGUGUCUGGUUAAACAGAUGCCUCUGCUUCAGAUCAGCUGGUUAUCUCUGGUUACAUUUGAAGAUUUAUCAGAGUUUUCAGAGCUGAUACAAGUCCCUGCAGAACAGCUGAUCCAGAGCACCAUGUACAGACUGAGACAAUGUGGAGACGACAACAGAAGGCAGGAGAGUCUGAAGAAAACUUUGACUCUCAUACUGCUGAAGGUAGACAAAGAAAAGCAGAGUAUCGUUGAAUCAGGGAAUAUAAAACCCGCCUUCAUGAGCAGCGUCAGUGUGGUGAAGAACACGUGCCGCAUCGCGAGAUUUGUCUCUGGAUUUCAGUCUGUAGUCCUGUCCUACCAGCUCCUGCUGAAACUGGCAGAGAUUCUAGAAGCUGCACUGAGGAAUGAGUCCCCAGCAGAAGAGUUCGAGACUUUGAGGCAGAAAGUAGUGGAGGAGCUGUUUGCAGUGCAGCAGAGAAUCAGCGAGUGGAGAGAUGAACUGCUGCAAAAACCCCUCAUUGCUCCUUCAAAAUCCCUCAGCUAUCCAAAAGAAAUCGAGAUGUGGGACGCUCUGCUAAAGGCUGAAAGCUCUUUUGGAGACGUUUCAUCACGCUGGAGCCAGAGCCUGAAAAAAGACCUAAAAAAGAGGCUUUCUAAGGCAACAGAGGAGGAUAAAGUUCUGCUGUGCUGUCACGACUCGUUCUCAGCCUCCAUCGGGAAAAGCCAUGAUGAUUUACGGGCCUGUUUUGAAGAUUUGUGUCAAUCUGCAAUCAAGACAAUCUGCCAGAGAGGACAGGAGGGGGAUCUGCUGCGGAGUCUCAGCUCUAAGGUGAAGGAUCUCCCUGAAGCUGUCCUGUCUGCUGUUGUAGUCGAGUCUGCAGCUCGAUUCAGAGACAACUCUGUCAUCCAGCUGCUGCAUCCUCAGUCUGCUGUCAACCACCUCCUGUCUCAAGAUGAUUGGAAGUCGGUCCGCAUGGAUGAAGCUGCAGGACUAGUCCUUCACAGCUCUCUGGUUUCUCUCCAAUCUCUGCUCAAGUCUCUGCUCAAAGGAAAUAUUCACCUGGGUCACCUGCAGACCUGCCUGAAGUAUCAAGACCAGUUCAAGAGGCUUUGCCAGCAGUACAAGAAAAACUCAGACUCUGAGGUUGUUUCUGUGAAUGCUGAGAUUGUUUUGGCUCAGAGAGAGAAGGAUUUGAACUCUUUCAUGCUGCGGAAACAGCAGAUGGAUACGCUGAUAAAGAUGAUAGCAAAGGUGACAGAAAGCAUCACAGUUCCUGAGAUGUCAGCACUUGAGGAGCAGCACAUUGCAGAUCUCCAAACUGUGAGCCUGAACCAACUGGUGCUCGUUCAGUCCUUCGAUGCUGACGGGACCUUGGGGAAAAUCGGGCCUCCACAGAUCCUCUGGUAUAAGACCAGCCUGAACACCCUGAAGAUGGCCAGUGAGAUGCACAGACUGCAUCACAGCAACCUGAUUCUGUCCUUCUGGGUCAAUGGCGCCACAGCUUUGGCAUCAGCGAGGCAGCCCACCCCAGCUCCUGUUCCAGUCAGCCUAACACAGAUUUGUGAGAACAUCUGGAAGCCACUGCUGACAGAGUUCUGUCACAUUGGUGUCAGCAUCGCCAACGCAAGCAUCACUUUUGAGCGGCUUGAUCAGGUUUUAGUGGACUCUGGUGACGAAGGAGAUGGGAAGCUACUGAGGACAGAGCUGCGUCUGAUGUCAGAGAUGUUGAAUGAGUCAGAAGGGUUUAGACCUGGAGAGGGCUGGGUGGAGGUCAGGCUCGGUCAGAUCCAGGAGUAUCGACAGCUACAUGACGCGGCGGUGGCAGCCAGUGUGAUUCUGAAGAUUGCUGAAAGACUGAAGCUGUCCGGAGACUUCAGUGAGAUUUACAGUCUCAGCCAGAUGGAAGAGACCACGUUCAGGCAAAGAUCCCUGGGCUCUCUCAGUAAAGACCUCUUCCGUGCCAAACAGCAUCUCUCCUCAGUCACCAGGCAGCAAACGGCCUGUCUGGAAGAGUUUCUAAAGAGUCAGACUCUGAUCACCUGGGUCAAGGAAAACCUGAAAAAUAUGAGUGAUGUGAAGGUCUAUGUGGACCUGGCCUCCAUAUCUGCUGGAGAGAAUGACACAGAGAUCGACCAGGUUGCCUGUUUCCAUGAUGCCGUCAUGGGCUAUUCUCCUCUGUUGUACUCUCUCUCCCCCCGUGCAAGCUUUGAGGAGUUCAUGAGGUGUGCUCAGCAGGUGUGGGACACCCAAAGCAGAGAUGAGAAGCUUCCUGACAAACUGAGAGAGUCUACCCGACUGUUGAGCUGGCUCAAAGCACUGAAGGAGACCCAUGGCUCUGUGGAGCAGUCCUCUCUCUCUCUAGCUUCUUCUAUUAAUGCUCAUGGAGUUUAUCACAUUGGCUGGUCUGAUAGAAACACAGAGAAGAGAUGCCUCCAAAACAUGAUUCAUGUCACAGUGAGGAAGGGCAGAGAAGAGAAGAAGUACAAGCUUGAAGAGCUGCUGGAGCUCCAGAACAAACUCAUGCUCAUGUCGUCAAAGGGCGAGCACGGCAGGGAGCAAGUCAACAGGUUCACAGAGGUUUUUGAAGGAAUUCAGAGACUGGGCGGCAUCUUUGUUCAAAUGCAAACAUCCGGCAACAUGCUCUUCAGAGAAUGGAGUGCUGAGGUCCUAUGCUGUCCACAACAUCAACCUUGCAUCAGAGUGACAUUCUUGUCCUUGUGGGGUAAAGAGAUGGUGUACUAUGGUGGCGUGACUGAGCAGCUGCAAAAUCUAGCCCGCUCCAUGAAUAGCUGCCAGAAAGAGUGGCGCUCCUUCAUCAGUGAGAUGCGCUCAAACUUCAGCUUGUUAAACCACUACACCUCAGAGCAGAUGGUCUAUCUGUGCCACUGGAUUCACAAGGUGUGUCUGGGGAAAGCAUCAGUCCCUUCACAGUUAUGGCAUUUACUCAAUCCCAUAAAGCCUCUGUGCACUCUGGCUGAUGUCAGGGCAGCAUUCACAAAAGCAGCCAGUAUGAGCAAAAAGCAUGAUUUACCGGAAGAUGUUGACUUUGAGGAUGAAACAUGCAUAGGUUCAACAACCACUUCAGCAGAGCACACUAAGAAUCUCAUGGAUGAGACUCCUGACUUGAUGGAGUUUUCCUCAGAAGAUGAGGAUGAUGAUGACAACAAAUGUGAAGCUGAUGACUUUAGGAAGCAUGAUGAAGACAGCCUUGAAAAGCUCUGGUAUAAGUUCAAGGAGAACAUGUCUGAGUACCUCCAUGAGCACCUGGACAUCAAGUCUUUGGCCCACUUCCUGUCAUACCUUUCUAAAAUGAACCAGCAACACAUGAUCAGGAACCUUCCACAGAUCCUACAGGAGGGAAAACCAAAUCUUGUGCUCUGUCCCAGUGCAGAGGUGUUCACCACUGUCCUUUCCUUUUACAUGGAGAGUCCGGAGCAACCUCUGCCCUCUUCUGAUGAGGUACUAGUCUGCAAAGAGGAGACCAAAGAGGAGGAGGUGGAGAUCUUUCUCCACAGAGCUCUUGGCCAAGGCUCUGGAGAAAACUGUCAGAAGAUAUACUCCCUUGUCAAUCCAGGACUUCUGGGAUAUGAUGUCAGUGUGGCCUUGGGGGAACGUUUUGAGAGUCUGAAGAGAAGUGCCAGCCCACAUUAUCGUUUGGUAAUAGUCAGUCCGGUGGUGCACCAGCACAGAUAUGUGCCCUCUUUCUUCAGCAAUGACAAAGUGCAGGCUUGUGCAAGUCUUGCUGUAGAGACUGCAAGGAAAUACCUACAUCAUCACUUCACACAAAACAGGAUCUCACAGAACCCGGUCUCUCUGGUUUCUCCACAUCAGCUCUCAGUCUGGAUGGUGUCAUCUUCACGUCCUGCAGUGGGGAAAUCACUCUAUGUGGAUCGCUUGUUUGAGAAGUUCCGACAGAAAUCUCCCAGAGCAGAACACAUAACUAUCAGACUGAUAGAGCCCACUGUUGAUGUAGACUCUUUGAUAAAGAGUCUGACAGAGAAACUGGAACCCUUAAGAGAACAAGACCCUGUUCUUCUGCAUAUUGACACUGCUGGGGUCCGUUCAGGUUUGGAGGAGCUCCUGUUCCAUCUCCUAGUUCUGGGCUGUUUGAGUGACUGCCAUGGCAUGCUUUGGAGGAGGAAUGCUGCUCACUUGAUAACUGUUGAAAUCCUCAGAACAAACCCAUCCCCUCAAAACCAGCCUAAACAGAAAAGACUUGGACUUCUCAACAUCCUGCCUACAAUACACUGUAGACCACCCAAGGAAGUGAUGCAGAUGAUGCUCAGUCGAGGGGUUCAAUCCAAGCACAACUUGGAUCCACUCAUGGAUGAGCAGGAGUUCUGCAGUGAGGGAAUUCAAAGGCCUUAUCAGUACCUAAAGCUCUACAAAGGCAACAGGAAUCUGGAUCAUUUUAACUACAAGGAAGGAUCCAGAGCUGGCGAUCCCAUUGAUUGUCUGAAUCACUUUCUGCUUUACUGCGGGAUGACAGACCCCUCCUGGGCUGAGCUGAAGAACUUCUCUUGGUUCCUCAACGUACAACUGAAAGACUGUGAAAACUCGAUUUUCUGUGAUCCAGAUUUUCUUGCUGACCAGCUGCCAGGUUUCAGAACCUUUAUUGUGAAGUUCAUGAUACUAAUGGCGAGAGAUUUUGCCUCGCCAUCUCUGAACACAUCGGAUGCAAGUCCCGUGCUGCACGUUGAUAACAGUCAGGAAGAGGAUCUUCUUGCUCGUCUGACAAUUCGUAAGCGUUGGGAAAACGAGUCCCACCCGUACAUUUUCUUCAAUGCUGACCGAUCCUCAAUGUCUUUCCUCGGCUUCAAUGUGAAGCUGUGUCAGAGGCAAAGAAGACUCAAUGCAGUUGAUCCUCAUAGUCUCCAGGUCCUGAUUGAAGAUGUGAUGUCUGAAGAACUUUUUAGAGGUUUGGAAAGUCAAAGAAUCUCUCUCACUGAGGACUUUGACCAGCUGCCAAGGGCUGUCAAAAUCAAGAGGAUUUCAAGUGUUGUUGGAACGAAAGGAAUGAUGCCCAAAGGAUUUGAUCCAGAUCCGACAUAUGAGCUCACUGCUGACAAUGUGAUGAAGAUGUUGGCCAUACACAUGAGAUUCAGGUGUGGGAUUCCUGUUGUCAUCAUGGGAGAGACUGGCUGUGGGAAAACAAGAUUAGUCAGUUUCCUCUGUGCUCUACAGAAAGAGGAGAGACCAGUGGAGAACAUGGUCCUUGUCAAAGUACACGGCGGGACUACAGCAGAGAUGAUCUACAGAAAGGCGAAAGAAGCAGAGAAACUAGCCGAGAAGAACCAGAAAAUGCACAACUUGGACACUAUUUUGUUCUUUGACGAAGCAAACACCACAGAGGCCAUUUUUGCCAUCAAAGAAAUCCUGUGCGACCAGACCAUGAAGGGAGAGCCUGUCAAACCCAGAAGUGGCUUGAAAAUAAUAGCAGCUUGCAAUCCUUACAGGAAGCACUCACCUGAAAUGGUGGAGCGUUUGGAGCGUGCAGGUUUAGGAUACAGGGUGAAGGCAGAUGAAACAGAAGACCGCCUUGGCAAAGUUCCUCUGAGACAGCUGGUGUACAGAGUUCAUCCUCUGCCUCCAAGCAUGGCCUCUCUGGUGUGGGAUUUUGGUCAGCUAAGUGAUUCAACUGAACUCUCCUACAUCAAGCAGAUAGUCCAAAAGAAAGUCCAAGACCAUUGUUUGCCAGAGAUCUGCAAGGACAUCAUUUCACAUGUGCUGGGGGAAUCCCAGAAAUACAUGCGCAGUCGGAAGAAUGAGUGCAGCUUUGUGAGUCUAAGAGAUGUGGAGAGGUCCAUGAAAGUGCUCAUCUGGUUUUACCAGCACAGUGAGGUACUUUUCGACGACUGCUCACGUCUGAGUGAAUUUCAUAAAACAGUGAAAUGUUUGAUUCUUUCAGUCGGAGUCUGCUACUACCCAUCUCUAAUUUCCAAAGAUGAGUACCUCUCUGUAAUCUGCAGGUACUUCCCAAAACCUUACCAUUCCUCAGUAGCAUUGCAGGAAGUGAUUUUAUCCUGUCAGGAUUUCUUCCUCCAGAACAUACAGACCAGGGAGACCAUAGCAAAAAAUGUUGCACUGAAAGAAAAUGUCUUCCUCAUGGUGGUGUGCAUUGAGCUCAGGAUUCCCCUCUUUCUUGUUGGCAAGCCAGGAAGCUCAAAAUCACUUGCUAAAACUGUGGUCGCUGAUGCCAUGCAGGGACAGACCUCCCACCAUGAUCUGUUCAAGAAACUGAAGCAAGUCCACAUGGUUUCCUUCCAGUGCAGCCCUCACUCAAGUCCAGAGGGCAUCAUAGGAACAUUCAGGAACUGCGCCCGUUUCCAGAAAGACAAAAACAUGGACGAGUAUGUUUCAGUGGUUGUUCUCGAUGAGAUAGGUCUUGCAGAGGAUUCUCCUCAGAUGCCCCUGAAGACGCUUCAUCCUCUCUUGGAGGAUGGUUGCAUUGACAAUGACAGGCCAGAUCCCCACAUGAAGGUUGGCUUUGUUGGCAUUUCCAACUGGGCUCUUGACCCAGCAAAAAUGAACAGGGGCAUAUUUGUGUCCAGAUGGGAUCCAAGUGAGGAUGAACUUGUGGAAACGGCCAAAGGCAUCUGUUCAUCCUCCAGCCAAAUUCUCCUGAAGAUCAAACACCUCUUUCCACCUCUGGCCAAGGCCUUCCUGCGCAUCUGCAAUAAAACCUCAAAGAAUCAGUUCUUUGGUUUAAGAGAUUAUUACAGCCUGGUAAAAAUGCUCUUUGCUGCAGUCAAAUCCACACAGCAAGAGCCAGAUGGUGAACAGCUGUUAGAGGCCAUCUUGUGCAACUUCAGCGGACAGCCAGAGGAUUUUGACCCUGUCACGUUCUUCCAAGAGGUUCUCCAAAACUUAACAGAAAUACCCAGACCAAGCACCUUGCAAAUGGUGAAAAAGAAUCUCGAUCAUGGCGCAAACCAGGAGAGCCGCUACCUCCUGCUGCUGACCACCAACAAUGCAGCUCUCCAUAUCCUCCAGCAACAGAUCUUUGCCAAAGGAGACUAUUCAACACCAGAGAUUGUCUUUGGCUCUGGAUUCCCAAAGGAUCAGGAAUAUGCUCAAAUCUGCCGCAAUGUCAACAGGGUGAAAACGUGCAUGGAGACAGGGCGCACCGUCAUCCUCCUCAACAUGCAAAAUCUUUAUGAAAGCCUGUACGAUGCUUUGAACCAGUACUAUGUUUACCUCAGUAAACAGCAGUACGUUGAUCUUGGUCUCGGCUCCCACAGAGUCAAAUGUCGAGUCCAUGCAAACUUCAGAUUGGUGGUAGUGGAGGACCAGAAGAAGGUCUACGAGCACUUUCCCAUGCCCCUCAUCAAUAGGCUUGAAAAGCACAGGGUAGACAGGAGUACUGAUCUGGAACCAUGGCAACACAGGGUUCUGGACAAGCUGAAGGAGUGGGUUAAGGAGUUCUCAGGUGAAACAUCAGAGGAUUUUAAGCCUUCUGAUAUUUUUGUGGGCUACCAUGGUGAUGCCUGUGCCAGCGCCCUCUUACAGGCUCUAGAAAGAACAGAAAAAGAUGAAGAGAGUGCAGAAAGACAUCUCCAUCACAUCGAGAAAGAUGAUUGUCUGGAAGAGGGUGAACCAAAUGAAACACCUGGAUCCCAUUUUGAAGGACUAAAAGAGGUGUCUGAUAUUGAGAUGCAUGAUGCAAUGGACAUACAGACUGAAGGAAAUGGACAGGAAUUUGAGGCACUGGAGAGAAAUGAAGAUGAAUCCAUUCAGGUAUGUGAAGAUGAGAGCAAAGUGAUGUCUGAGAGCGAGGAACUCAUGGAGACGGAGGACCUUGUUGAGUCCGCUGGAAUGAACGAGGAAGAGGAAGUCUUCGAGCGAGCUAAAUGUCUCUUGCUGAACUGUGCAACCCCUGAUGCUGUGCUGAGACUCAAGUAUUCAGAUUUAGCAAACCAGGAGAAAGAGAAGCUCAAGAGAAUGUACUUCCAGCUCCAGCGUCACCAUUCCCUUCGAGAUUUCUUGGAGGACAGUUUGAACACGCAUCAAGGGGCGAGGAAAUUUCUAGAGAUUACAACAUUCUCCAGCUUGUUAACCAGAUCAGAUGUCAGACGUUUAGCCCAUGACCUUGGACUUCAUCCCAGCAAAAUCCUCCUGCUCUCGCUGCACCAGUUUGACACUGAGGUCUCCUUCUGUAACAAGAUACGAGGGUUCCUCCAGAAUGCCGAACAUUCGCUACACAUCUUGUUUGUCCAGAUGGACCUUGAGGAAUCCCUUUGCAGUGACGAGCUCAUAGCAUCAGCAAAAUAUUGCUCCAUGAACUACUUGAUGUCCCUGGAGAAUCCGCCCUGUUGGGUGAUUUUCAUUGUGAAGGUUUCGAGAAUCUCAAGUCAGUCUCAGUACAUUGGCUUCCAAGGAGGACUCUGGCACUCGGUCCAUAUUGAUGACCUGAGGGAAUCAGAUGACAUGAGCCUGAACUUGUUGGUUUUCUGUGGAACUCUAGUAAGCAACCUGCUCAACCCUACACCUUCAGGAGAACACCUGGAUGAUGGGGGUAAAGCCCACCUCCACAGCCUGUCUUUAGUGGGAUCAUGCAUUCAAAAAGCUGUGGGUUUGCUGAGGGACACUAACGACACCACAUCUCGGAGCAUGCAGCGAAUGCACAUCCUUCUGACUCUUCUGGGAACUGGUCAGGGCCUUAUUGGAGCUCACUUCCAGGAGGUGCUGAUGGGUAGACUAGCACAAGCCUUGGCAAAAAGAGAAGAAAUGAUGAGCUCUCCCAAGGAGUGGGUGAACAGAGAAGCAAAGAAACGCCAGGCUCUUCAGGAGGGAGGAACUCUGAGGCAUACACUGUGGCGAUGUCUUCAGUCCACUGUGACUCCAAUCUUGGCCAGCAUGUUGGAAGUUAUGGACAGGUACGCAAAUCUGGACCUGCUCUCUGACAACCGGCUCAGUCGAGGCCUGACAAAGCUCUGGUUGGACAUCUGUGCUGAUUCUCAGGUUUUAGACCUAACACCUCUCCAAAAUCAAAGUGAGGCAGAUCAGGAAGUGCUUGUGCAGCACUACUUCAUGUUGGAUGGUGAAGAACAGCCCUGCUCUGCUCCAUUCAGCUGGCUCAUCAGAAUGCACCUUGAAAGCCUGUGGGAAGAAUCAGAAUUUAUGCCAGUAACAAGAGAGGAUGGCACAGAGAGGAUCCUCCAGUUUGUGAGCGCCUUCAACAACAGCCGGCUCGGCGCUCACUUACAGAAACUCUCAGAGGAGGAGAGAUUGGACUACGGCCUGCGUUACCUACAUGACUUUCUGCUGCUCUCUUUGAAGAUCAAGUCAAAGGACGAGCUGAGGGUGUUCACCAGGGCCGUGCUGGGCUGUGUGUCUGAGCUUCAGAGUACCAUGGGGGGUAUUUCAGACCUCUCCCCUGCUUGGAUUCAUGCAGCUGCCAAACAUUACGCCCUCAGACUGGACACUCUUUCCCACAUAUUUCUGCUGCAGCCCCACCUAGCCAGCUACGCCCUCCAACAUGGGCCAAAGAGGAAGCACAAGGAAAUGGUGGAGGACAUUUUGGCUCUUGGAGUCUACGCUGAGGAGACCAAACUUCUGACUUUGACGGCACAGUUCGACUGUGAGUCCUUUGUGAGCAGGGUGGAGUUUGUGCAGCCGUGCAUGGACAGACUGUUUGGGCAGAAGUACAGCACCCUGUGCAGCCCCAGCUGUCUGCAACAUCUGGACUCGAUCAGGUCACUGUGGCGAGGAGUGCUGGUCGUCGUAUCUUUCAUCCAGAAUGUCAUUUUUAGAGUCAAACAGAACGACUCGAGAUUAAGAGAACUGGCUCUCAAACACUGCAGUCUUCUUCUGAAUAUGAUGCAGGAUUGGCCUGAUUUAAGGAGCACGGAAACUCUUCAGCAGCUGAUCCGCAUCCUCAAUUCCUUUCAUGACGAGUGUAUCAGCAGGGAUCUGAGGUUUGGCAUUUCCUGCCCCGUGUGUCUGCUGGAGCUGACCGAGCCGUCCAUCCUGCCCUGUCUGCAUGUCUUCUGUUUGUCGUGUCUCCAAAAAUCCAUCCAGCCCAACAGAAACUCCUGUCCUAAAUGCAGGAAAAACCUUCCACCUGACUUCAAGCUAACUGUUUCUCCUGUAGUCAAGGCUUCACUCCAGCAGCAGGCAGAGAUCAGGGACUGCUGUAACUCCUUCUUCCUGGAGCUGGUGUCCAGGUUCUGCCUGCCAGAGGGACAGAGGCCUGCAGAGGGCGUGGUGGAGCUGCUCUUCUCCUUACUUGUCUUUGCUAACGGUGAUGUGUACAGGACCAGAGAGCUCACGCCUUUCCUGGAGUGCGUGGACAACAGUCCAGUGGUUCGAUCUGUGCUGCCAAAGCUGCUGCUGCAACACAGUUUUGAACAGGUAAAGGUUCACAUCCAGACCUACAUGGAGAAUCUGGAGGAGAAUCUUCUCAAGAAAGAAGACCGUACUGAACUCUACCUGCUGUUUGUGAACUGCUUCCAGGAUGCUCUGCUGUGCUCAGAAGCGAGGGAAACGGAUCAGAAUAAGAAGCAGCAGAUGGAAGCAGAGACCAGAUUCCUGAGCAGAAUCGCCAGGAGACAAACUCCAGACCGACAUGAGGACCCAACAGAGUUCCUGCUCAACACAGCCAGGCUGAGAAUCUGUCUGAGCUCUGCUGCACGGCUGCUGGAGAACGCUUCAAUGAUAGGCAGAGCUGGAGCGGUGGAGGUGAAGUUCCUGCAGCAGGUCAGAGCGGUUUGUGAGUACAGCGGUAACGACUGGAUCAGGGUUUACCUGCUCAGAGCUCUGCACAGAGUCUCCGGUGUGGACCACAUCAUGUCCCUGAUGAACAGUCCGGCCUGGAGAUGGCUCUUCCCCGCAGAACUGCUGCAGCUUCAGAGGACUCUCCCGACCAACGUGGACAGCUUCCUCUGCUGUGGGACGACAUAUAGAAACAUGAGACAAGCUGUGGCCCAGGUUCAGGUGCAGAACAGAUCUGACGCCUUCAAGACAGAAAUACGGAAGCUGAGAGGUUCCCAGAUCAGCCUCCUGGCCCUGGCCCUGUUCAGACAGGUCACCUGCCGCUACAAAUCAGCUGACGUCAACAUACAUCCCAGGCCUGAGGAGAAGAACAGACUGGAAGAGCUCCUGAAAAACGUGAAGCCAAAGGAGUUCAGAGAUUUCUGCUCUGCACUUCUGUCAAACCGUAUCGGAGGACCGGGCUCAAGUCUUCACAUCAGCGCAGAUCUGCCGUCUCAGAGGCAAAUCCUCAUGGAGCUGCUGGUCCAUCUGGACUCUGUGCUGCUCAGUGGGAAUCUUCUGUUGGUUCCUCUUUCCCAGAUCGCCUUCCAGCCUCACAAUGUGACAGACUCCUUUCUGCCGACCAUGCCAGAAGAUCAAACAAACCAAGCUAGACAGUGGCUGGCAGGAGAGAGAUUAGCGAUGUACUAUUGUGCUAAGGGGCAUCCAUGCUUUGUUGGGGAGUGUGGUAAACCAGUGGUUGUUUCAAAAUGUCACUGUGGACUUCCAAUUGGUGGGCUGAAUCACCAACCGGUCCAAGGAUUCACCAGACAAACAGACCAACGAGUCCCAGAUCAAACUCGGACAGGACAUGUGUUAGGAGAAGCUAAUCGGAGGUCUGAGGCCCCUGAGAGACAGAUGACCUACGCUCAGUCCUGUAUCCUGCGGCUGCUGACCCACCUGGCCAUGCUUCAGGGAGCUCUAACCAAUCACAGAGGAAUUGGAGACAUGAUCCACCCGAGGCCAUACGAUGUUUUCAGCUUCCUGUGGAGCCAUCUGGAGACGGACAUGCUUGUCCUGGGACAGACUCUGGAUCAGAACAUGGACAACACGGCUGUGAUGGUUCACUUGAUUCUCAACGUCUGCGCAGAAUUCACUUCAGGCUCCCACAGUGCAGGACAGGAUCUGUCCUCCAGGCAAGGACGUGAGCAGUGGGAGAAGCUUGUCUGUCAAUCUGCCGUCAACCCAGUGCUUCAAAGUUUGCAGAAGAAACUGUCUGAAGCUCAGGAGAGAAUUGGUGCAGACGACGGCCUCGCUGGAAGCCCCCUUAUGUGUCUCCUCUUUGGGGAUCCUGGGAGGAUGUUGACCCUCCCCUCUGACUGUCCCACACAUCGCUCCUCUUUCUGGACCCUCCCUGAGACGAUGACAGUGGAGCGGCUGUCCCAGCUGGUGGGACAGCCAGAGGGUAACACUUUACCUCUGCUCGACACCUUCCUCAAAAAGAUCACCUGUACCAGGCAGCUCCAUCACCUCCCUGAGCUGGCUGCUCUACAGUCCGACCUGCUGAGAGUCGCUCCUCUGAUGGCUCACUCUACACCUCAGACGAUUGCACAGAUGUUACAAAAGAUACCUGCAGGAUACCAGAGGAAGAGACUGCAGGAGAGAGUGGAGAGAUUCAUCAAGGUGUGGAACCGACUCAGAGCAGAGGUGGCAAACAACUCCACAGACUUGGGCGUGGAUAUGAACUUAUGUCAGACGGAGCUGAUGACAGAGAGCUCUGCAGAGUUUCUGACGCCGAGUCGACAUGGGCCGGGGUCAUGCCUUCAAAUUCUGGUGGACUUCCUGUUAAGGACUCACAACGGCCUGGUGAGAGAGGCCCGCAGGGUGAGCCGCCAAGAGGACAGUGAAUACAGCAUUACACUGGAAAGGAUAUCAGAGACCCAGCUGACCCUGUGCCACCCAGAGAGAGAGCUGCUGCCUCUGGUUUUAGCAAACUGCCACUACACUUUGAAGAAAGGUGGAGAGACGGACAGCAGCUACGACCUGCAGGGCAUCCAGACACAGCUGGCUCGUCGCUUCUUCUCUGGAAAACCAAUCAUCCAAGCGGACACAUCCAGGUACCUGAACAGACACCUGCAGGACUUCUCUGUAGUUCUAACAGAGGUCAGAGGAAAGAUCCCUCAGGAGCCGCUGAAGGGCUCGCUCAGCAGCUCCAUGAAAAUGGUGCUGCGCUCCUACACAGAUGUUUGUGACGCCGUGUUUGUGGUGGAGAUCGGCCUCCGCUUUCUGGGAAAGACAGGCGGAGAUCCUCAGUGUCAGCUCCUGUCCUACCUCACUGAUUCGCUGCAGAUGAAGCCGCAGAUUUCCAGCUCUGUAGACAAGGGUCUUGGGGAGAGCAAACUGGAGCACUGCAUAUUCACCUGGCAGCUGCUAACUUGUUGGAAAUCUGAGCUCAUGCUGAACAGAAAACAGGACCCCUUUCAAAAGCUGCCUUUAGAGUUCCAGCAGAAGCUGUCUGAGGAGGAGAGGAAAGGCCUGAAGGUUUUCCUCGCUGCCACGGAUGUUGACACUUUCACUUUGGAGCUUCAUGAAAUUCUGCUGCUGAAGACGAGCGAUACUGUGCCAGAGGAGGGCUACCAAGCUCACUGGGACAUCAGGUCCACCUUAGAGGGCCAUUUGGAGCAGAAGGACCUUCCACCCCUGCUGGGGCUCGAGUCUUUGGCGGAGGACAUCACUCUUGGACAGGGGGCUGACGUGUGGAGGACAGCUGUGGAGUUUAAAAGACGAUAAAUCAGUUCCACAUAUAUUCCACAUAUGAUGCCUUUUUUUAUUUAGAUUACUGUUAACUUUGUCUGAAAAAGGCUUUCAGAUGAUUGCACUUAUUCUGAUUAAAUUUGAGUUUCUUUGAUGAAAAUAUUAAUGUGCAAGUUUUAUAUGUACUUUUCGUCUUAUUUUAUUGAUCAUUACAUGUUUAAUUUGA